AUGGCGCCCCCCACGCACUGCAGACGUUGCAACUUGACGUUCAGUACCUGGAACGACUAUCAUAUACACAAGACUGUCUCUCGUCACCACAUCUACUGUGUCAUCUGCAGCCAUGAUUUCAAGUCAACUGACGCAUAUAAGAGACACCAUGACCAGGAACAUUCGGCCGAGCAACAUCUUCCAUGCCCUGGCUGCAAUAGGGUAUUCACACGUAUUGGGGGUCUCAUGAACCACAUCGAGUUGACGGAGUGUUUGGCUUUGGACAAAUAUAAAGACCGCAAAGCGGAUAAAUCGGAGAAGACUGGUGGACUCGCCCGAAUCCAAGCUCACGCAGAGUCCUGGACGCACCCCGAGAACGCCCAUAUGCGUACCCUUCCUGUUGAGCCGACCCUAGACACCCAAGAUCAAAGCGAUGGCCUUAGCACUACUACUCAGGUUGAGGCACUAUAUUCGAUGUCGCCUCAGAUGCCACGAGUCCAACUGUCCGGAGUCGAUAGCCAAGCAAGCAAUACCUUUCUAAUUGAUCUCUCUACAUCAGUUGAUAAUACGGUCAAUGCUAAAGCUCAUGACAAGAGCUCCUUGGUUGAGGAUGAGGAAGAUCUUAUUGAUCUGGAGAUUGCCGCCAUCCCGGGUAAACUAGCUGUUACGACGAGCAGCCAUUCCGAGCUGAACACAUCUAUCCAUGCCCCAACUAUCAACUACAAGAACACGGAGGACUUUCCAGCUCUCGGUGCUACCUUAAAGCAGGAGAUGAAAACCUCCGACGAUUACUUUAUAAUUGACAAAAACCCCUGGGUUGCAAAAAAGCAGUCGGAUACCGCAUCAUCUGCCCAUCCUUUGGUUGAUCUUCAAAAAGAUAUCCUUGGCAAGAAGCGAACACCCGAUCUAGGCACCAUCAAGCAGGAACUUCUUCAUCUUGGCCGUCAGGGUUCUGCCUGGUCUUUGCCGAAGAAUCUAUUUCCGAAGGCUCCUCCUGCGGUUGCACCUCCUGUGUCCCUGAUUGAAAGCAUCAAGACUGGUCCGCCAGGGAAAGGAGCCGAGAAUGCGGUUGAUCCAGAAAGCAAAAAGUUCCCACCUCAUCAUCCGAAAGCACCGGGGUUUUGUGCAUCAGACUACUUGAACACCUUCACAAAAAAAAAGAGCUUCGGGAGCGCCAACGGUUUUGUUCAACAUCUGACAUCAGCUGUACAUGUUGCAGAAGCCCAGAAACUUCAAUGCCCAAAUUGUUUCCGUUAUUAUCACAGCGCAACUGCAUUGACACAACAUGCUGAGGCACAAGGUAUCCGCUGCAAAAUUCGCGAGCUAGUUGAAUACGGGACAUAUGUUGAAGAUUUUACUGCAAGCACUGCUGGGAUCGAUGGUCGACAUGCAGACGACACGGUUCGAUACGUCAUCACUGACGAGGCCAAAAAACAAGUAAACGCUGCCGCCCAGAGAGUCAUCAACGCGAAUGCAGCUAUUCACGAGGCCAAAGCACAACGCCAAGAGGACUUCUGGAAAUCGCACGAACCUACCUGGUGA